AUGGACUUCCUGGAGGAACAGGUCCAUCAAUCUCGGCCUCCUUGUCAUCGCCUGGAGGUGAGAGCUCAGGUUGCCCAGGCUUUCCUUGCCAAGUUCCAGCUGUCCAAUGAGGAGAUGGCCGCGCUGCGAGGGGCUCGGGAUGCACCCGUCACUGAGGAUUACUUCAAAGCCCUCAGCCGAGUGAAGCACAUCCACGAGGACGUGAAAAUCCUCUUGAGAACCAACCAGCAGACUGCAGGGUUAGAGAUCAUGGAGCAGAUGGCCGUGUUACAGGAGACAUCCUAUGAGCAGCUCUACCGCUGGGCUCAGAAUGAAUGCAGAGGACUGACCCAAGAGUCCUGUGAUAUCAGCCCUGUGUUGUCUCAAGCCAUGGAAGCAUUACAAGACCGACCUGUCCUCUAUAAAUACACUCUGGAUGAGUUUGGGACUGCGCGCAGGUGUGCGGUGGUGCGAGGCUUCAUCGACGCCCUCACCCGCGGUGGGAUAGGAGGGACGCCACGCCCCAUAGAGAUGCAUUCACAUGACCCUAUGAGGUAUGUUGGGGACAUGCUGGCCUGGCUGCACCAAGCCACCGCCUCAGAGAAAGAGCACCUUGAAGCUCUGCUCAAACAAGUCACUGUGCAAGGUGUGGAGGAGAACAUGCAGGAGUCGGUUGGACACAUCACUGAGGGAGUCUGCAGGCCGCUUAAAGUUCGGAUUGAACAGGUCAUUGUGGCGGAGCCCGGAGCUGUCCUGCUUUACAAGCUGUCCAACCUGCUCAAGUUCUACCACCACACCAUCAGCUCCAUCAUUGGAACGAGUGUGGCCUCCUUGCUCAUCAAUAUUGAAGAAAUGCACAUCCUCAGCAAAAAGAUGUUCUUCAACAGCCUGAGCAUGCACGCAAGCAGAUUGAUGGACAAGGUGGAGCUACCACCCGCAGACCUGGGACCCACAGCCUCCCUCACGCAGACCCUCUCCCUCCUCAGGGAGGUGCUGGCCUCCCACGAUUCCUCAGUGGUUCCUCUGGAUGCCCGCCAGGCUGACUUUGCUCAGGUGCUCUCUUGCAUCCUGGAUCCUCUCCUGCAGUUAUGCACUGUGUCUGCCAGUAACCUCGGCACUGCAGACAUGGCUUCCUACAUGGUCAACUCACUGUAUGUCAUGAAGACCACCCUGGCUCUCUUUGAGUUCACUGACAAGAGGCUUGAGAUGCUGGAGUUCCAGAUCGAGGCCCACCUUGACACUCUGAUCAACGAGCAGGCGUCCUUCGUGCUGACCAGAGCCGGACUGAGUUACUUCUACAGCAUCGUCCAGCAGCAUAGCGCUGAGCAGGGUCCCCUCUCCCUCCUCCCCAGCAUGGACGGCUCUUCUGUGAAAGCUGCAAUGGUCCAGUUCGAUCGCUACUUGUCGUCGCCGGACACUCUUGUGAUGCCCCAGCUCAACUUCCUGCUCAGUGCAGCCAUCAAGGAGCAGAUCUUCCGUCAGUCCACAGAGCUGGUGUGCAGAGCCUAUGGGGAGGUUUACUCAGCGCUGAGCAACCCAGCUAACAGCUACAAAGACCUGGAGAACCUGCUGCCCAGAUCCCCUCAGCAGGUCCAGACCCUGCUGUCCUGAAACACCCUUUUCAAAAAAAGUAGUUGUUAAGGUUGGGUUCUUUGUGGGAAAUGUGGGCUGUGAGUCGCUGACCUCAGAGACUCUCCUGUGCCGGGGGAAAAGAACAUUAAAUGUACAUUAUCCGUUUACUUUCACUGCUGCAGACAGACGGCUAUUUUUCUGUCCUUAAAGCAUAUGUCUCCUUCCUGUUUUCAGAGCAUGUUCUCUCCUCUAAAUUUGUAAAUGUACAAAACAAUGUGUUUUUAUUAAAAAAAAUGAUAAUUAUAUAAAGCAAAAGCUUACAUUAAGAGACUCAUGUUAUUUCCCCCCUCUUCACAUUGUGGCUGAAUUCAUUCUGAGCAUUUCUAACAGUAACCACAGAAGUUCCAGCACCAGCGAUGCAGGGAUGAAAUGGAAAAUAUAUCUUACCAUGUUUUUUUGUUUUUUUUAAAAGAAUGUCCUACCACGUUGAAUCAGAUGUAAUGCUACUGGCUUUAAGUUUUAAGGUAAAUGAGGUGCAGAUUUCUUUUUUUAUUCGCCCUAAGCACAACAUUAAGCUGCAUAGUAAUGUAUGAUAUACUUGUAUUGCAAUAAAUUAAUGAAUCAGUA